UCGGCGCUGGCACAGAGGUUCAGCUCGGACGCAGGAUGUAGCUCCGGCUCCUCAGUGGCCUGGGUCACUGCGCCUGGGAGCCGCCGCGUGUUAUGUCCCGGCUGCGCCUUUGGUUGCCACGGCUCUUCCUCACGUGGCAACAACUGUGGCUUCUAGUCCAGGCAUUUCAGCCUCCGGAGUGGGCCCUGGGCCCCGUCCAGGUGACCCCCAACCCCCCCGCGGCUGACCGAGGCUUGGUCUUCACACGCCUCAGACCCCCCUCCCAAAUUGCCCCAUGCCCUUACACCCUGGCAGAAGCCGGGAGCUUUAAUUACUUGACGUCCUCGUCUCCAGUCCAGAUGUCGGCCCCGCCUCAUCAGGAGUUGACUGAGACUGAGGUUCCACACGCGGACACGGAUUCGGUUGGGGAGCUGCCUACAGGGCCAGAUCAGUUUGCUGUUCCACAUCAGGAUCUGAAUAACAAGCAAACCCAACAUCAAAAGCUCCCAGAGGAAGUUCCAGUGCUGGAUUGGAAUCAGAAUCAGGCCUUGGUUCUGCCUUCUCGACGCAAACGUAAGACUAAAAACAUAGGUCUAGAUCAGGCCGAAGGUCACCAAUCAUUUGAAAUACUUGUUCCACCUCUAGGUAGUAAGAGCUCAAAACCAGUGAAGUUUAUUGUUUCACCCCCAAACCUGAAGAAAGAUCUAGUUCAGCAUCAACGGCUUGCCAAAGUUGUUGUUGGAACUAUAGGCCAAUUUGAAAAAAACCCUCAGGGUCUAGAACAACAGUUAGCAGGGUGAUUAUUCAGAUCCCAGUAUGGAUGCCUUUUAUCAUGAGGACAGCCUACCUACGGAUUUUCUGGGGAGCCCAGAUGAACCUCCAGAGCCCCCUGUGGAAGCUGAAAUUUCUCCAUCCCAGCAGGAGGCCCAAACUGGUCAUUCUAGAGCUCACUGAGGAGGCUGAAUCUUUACCCCAGCAAGAGGCCCCUGCUCAGCAUCCACAGACCCCUGAGGAGGUUGAAUCUUUUUCACCCCAGGCAGAGGCCCAGGCUCCGCAUCCAGAGCCCACUGAAGAGGUAGAACCACCUCCACUUCAUCAGGAGGCUCCAUCUCAGCCUUCAGAGGCCCCUGAGGAACUAGAAACUUCAAGUCCUCAGGAGGCCCUAGCCCAGCCUUUGGAGACACUUAAGGAGGUUGUAGUUCGACCAGUAGCACAUCAUGGGGUAAAUGAAACUCAGCAGUCAAACUUGUACAAUGUCACUGUUAAACCUCUGGAUCUGGCACUGACCAUAACUCCACAGGUCACCAAAGAGGUUGAACCUUCUCCAGUCCAGCAGGAGACCCCAUCUCAGCCUCCAGAGAGCCCUGAGGAGGUUGAACCUCCGCCAGUCCAGCAGCGGGCCCCAUCUCAGCCUCCAGAGCUCCCUGAGGAGGUUGAACCUUCUCUACUCCAUCAAGAGGCCCCAACUCAGACUCCAGGGUUCCCUACUGAGUAUGUACUUCAAAUUCCAGUGAGUGAUGAGGUAGCAUCUCUCCCUGGCGUUCAGCGUCACGCUCAUUCAAACUUGCCCAGUGUUGCACUUCAACCUCUGGAUUUGGAACUUACCAUCACUCCAGAGCCCACUCCGGAAGCUGAAUUUCCUACAGCUCAGCAGGAGGCCCUGGCUCCACCUCUUGAGCAUCCCGAGGAGACAGAAUCUUCUCCAACCCAACAAGAGACCUCAGCUAAGCCUCCAGAGCCUCCUGGAGAGGUUGAGCCUUCACGUGAGCGGGAGCAACCAGCUCCGUCUUCUGAGCCUCCUGGGGAAGUUGAACCUUCUCCAACCCAGCAGGAGACUACAGGUCAGACUCCAGAGCCUCUUGUGGAAGCUGAGCCUUCUCCAAGUGAACAGGAACAACCGACUCAGCCUUCUGAGCCUACAGAGCCUCCAGAGGAGGUGAAGCCAGCAACCCAGCAGGAGACCCCAGCUCAGCUUUCAGAGUCUUUUGGAGAAGCUGAAAGUUCUGCAACCCAGGAGGAAGCCUCAGCUCAGUCUCCAGAGCCCCCUAAUGAGGCAGAAUCUUCUCCAACCCAGCAGGAGAUCCCAGCUCUGUCUCCAGCAGAGACAGAACCUUCUGCAGCCCUGCAGGAGCAACCAGCUCAGCCUCCAGAGCCUUCUUGA